AUAAAAUCUUGUGCAAGGUAGACAUCUAGUGGUCUUUCAUCAGCGUGAAGUGAAAUGAAGUAGUUCAGAUGAUUAAAUACACUUUAAACUAUCUAAAAGUAUAUUAGGCCUAUUUUUAAAAAUAAGUAUUGUAUACGGAGGAAAAGUCGCAUUUCACACAUGAAGUAGCCUACUAAAUAUUUUGUGCAAAACACAUUUAAAUCCCUGAUAUUAAACUGCAUAUAGGCUAUAUUUGCAUUAUAUAAACGCAUUCGUUGAAUCGCAUUUAGGUUUCUAAUAAAAGUAACGUACAGCAGCAGCUGAAAUACUUAACCACCUCCACAAUACUUUCAAAGUGAACGAGUUGCCUUCACUUACAGGGUUUUAGGGAAACUGCUCCCUGCAGUUCUCGCAGAACAAGCAGCACAUUCAUAGGCAGCAGUCAGUCAGUCAGCAGUAUAAUAUCUCUGGAGAAUUUACUUCUCUUUCUCUCUGGAUGUCACAUUUGUUCAAACGCGCCUCAUACAAUGAGGAUUAUAAUCUGGAUCAUCGCGAGCACUUUCCUGUUCAGCGUCAUUUUUACGCAACGACAUCGAAGACCAGUUUUUACAUGUGGAGGGAACUUAACUGGAGACACAGGACUGAUUGGAAGUCAGGGGUAUCCCGGGGUCUACCCACCCAACAACAAAUGUGUGUGGAGAAUUACUGUUCCUCAAGGGAGGGUUGUCUCCCUCUUGUUCAGAGCUCUGGAUCUUGAAAGUGAUAGUCUUUGCAGAUAUGACUUUGUUGAUGUAUACAAUGGCCACAUCAAUGGGCAGCGUCUCGGCCGCUUCUGUGGUACAGCCAAACCCAGAGCACUGGUCACCAACGGAAACAAGAUGCAAGUGGUCAUGGUGUCAGAUGCCAACACAGCUGGGAGUGGUUUCCUUGCUGUAUACUCAGCGAUUCGCCCAAAUGAAAGAGGUGACCGGUAUUGUGGGGGUCUUUUAGACAAACCCUCCGGGACGAUAAAGACCCCUAACUGGCCAGAUAAAGACUACCCAGCAGGAGUAACGUGUUCCUGGCAUAUUGUUGCACCUCAAGACCAGAUCAUUGAGCUGAAGUUUGAGAAGUUUGAUGUGGAGAGAGACAAUUACUGCCGCUAUGACCAUGUGGCUGUGUUUAAUGGUGGAGAAAUGAAUGAGUCACGGAAGAUUGGCAAGUUUUGUGGAGACAGCCCACCCAUGCCAAUUUAUUCUGAUGGCAAUCAUCUCUUCAUCGUGUUCCUGUCAGACCUGAGUCUAACUGCGGAUGGAUUCAUCGGCCAUUACCGCUUUAAAUCACGGAGCCUCAGCACAGCCAGUGCCCCCCUCACCCCCAUGAGCACUAUCCCACCCACCACACCGCCCACAGCCCUUACAUAUUCAGAAGGUCUUUGCAAGCAGAAAUGCAAAAGGACUGGAACAAUUGAAAGCCAUUACUGCUCGAGCAACUUUGUGAUUACCGCCACCCUUAUCUCAGCAGCCAUGAGGGACCACAGCGUCCUCGCCACCUUCUCCAUCCUGCACCUCUAUAAGGAAGGAAGUUUAGCCAUCCAACAGGCUGGGAAGACCAUGAGCACCAAAGUCACGGUCCUCUGUAAAAAAUGCCCUCUGGUCAGAAGAGGGCUUAACUACAUUGUCAUGGGACAGACAGGUGAACAGGGACAAGGUGUUGUGUCUCCUCAUAACUUUGUGAUGGCCUUCAAAACCAAGAAGCAGCGGGAUCUGGGAGUGCUGAAGAAUAUACGCUGCUAAUGCGCACAGGUCACCUCCAUGACUGUUCAUUUCUAUGACUUCAUGCUUUUGAUAACAUUCAUACUUGAAGGACUCUUUCAGUAUUUAAGAGUAGUCUAAUUUGUUUCAUAUUUCUGAAGCACAUUUACUCCAAUAUAGAACAUUUAAAAAAAUCUUUAGUUUGUAUGUUUGUUUUUUUAACCUUGAGGAUCAUUUAUUGUGUUUUACUGUAAAUAUCUUUGACCACAUGAAUCAAUGAUUCCCUCACAUUUAGUUCAACUGAAGAGCUGCAGAGCUUUAUGUAUAUGAAUGAAAGCACUCCCCACAAAACAAACUCUCUCAUUUGCAGUAGCUGCGGGUGUGGUGACAUUUACGUUCCAGGAGAUCUGGACAUGCUGGCCUUUGAAUCUGACAUUUAUCUAAUCUAUCUGGUGUUGUAAUGAGUGAAAGAAGAUUGAAGAUGACAAAAUGAAAUGUUGUCAAAAUGAAGUGCACUGUAAAAUUGGUAUCAUGUCAGCUGAGGUUACUACAAAAAGUUGCUGUUAUUUGAACUCUGAAACCAUAAAAAAAAAAAAAUGCAAACAUUUGUAUAAAAGAGUAUAGCAGUUUUUUCCCCAUAAUAUUUUGGAUUUAUUACUGGAUUAUUCAAAUGAUGGCAGGGAAAAUAGGAUG